AUGUCCUCGUUACAGUCAGUGCAGUUUGAGGUGGACCGGAAUCGCCGAGUUCAGAGCCGCCGUGUUGGCUCCACAGCUGCUGUGUAUGCCUCUGCAAUAUUGGAAUAUCUCACUGCAGAGGUCCUUGAGUUGGCUGGAAAUGCAUCGAAGGAUCUGAAGGUCAAGAGAAUUACGCCUCGUCACUUACAACUUGCUAUUCGUGGUGACGAGGAGUUGGACACGCUGAUUAAGGCAACGAUAGCGGGUGGUGGUGUCAUACCACACAUCCAUAGGUCGCUGAUGACCAAAGGUCCCACCACACAACCCUUAAAGAAACCCAAGAAGCCUGAACUAGAGUAA